AUGGAUAACUUUAUUCAAAUAAAUAGAAAACGUGUUGAAGACUCAGGAAAGAGUACAAAGGAAACUGUAGAAAAACGAAAAAAAUACAGAAAAUAUGAUGACCAAUAUUUAGAUUUUGGAUUUACUUACGUUAGCAAAGGAAAUGUGGAACUACCCCAAUGUGUUGUUUGUCAUAAGGUGCUGGCAGCUGAAAGUAUGCUUCCUAAUAAAUUGAAACGUCAUUUAGAAACAGUUCACAGUAAUUUACAAGGAAAACCGCGAGAUUUUUUUGCAAGAAAAUUGCGAGAACUGAAACAUCAGUCGACAUCCUUGUUUUCCAGAGCAUCUAUUUCCUCCAAAGCACUGCUCGCCUCUUAUAAGGUCGCUCACCGUAUUGCCAAAUGCAAGAAACCACACACGAUUGCUGAAGAUCUUAUUUUACCUGCAGCGAUUGAUAUGGUAUCAGUAAUGAUUGGAGAAUCGGCGGCUAAAGAAAUAAAAAAUAUUCCUCUUUCUAACAAUACGAUUAGUCGUCGCAUUCAUGACAUAGCUGAAGACAUUAAUGAGCAAAUUGUGGAAAAACUUUCUGGUUUAUAUGCCAUUCAACUGGAUGAAGCGACAGACAGUAAUAACGACGCUCAAUUAAUAUGUUACGUGCGGUACAUGGAAGGAGCAAAUGUAUGUGAGGAUUUGUUAUUUUGCAAAGAAAUGACUGAUACCGGGAAGGCUAGUGAUUUGUUUGCGAUCAUAGAUUCAUACAUGAAAGAAAAUAACAUUCAAUGGGAGAACUGUGUUGGUGUGUGUACAGAUGGAGCUCGCGCGAUGUCAGGGCAAUAUGGAGGACUUCAAGCUCUCAUUAAAACCAAGGCACCAAAUGCAAAAUGGACACAUUGCGUCAUACAUAGGGAGGCCCUGGCUACAAAAAAUAUUUCACCUGAAUUAAAUCUUGUGAUUGAUAUAAUUAUUAAAGUGGUAAACUUUAUAAAAACAAGACCCGUGAAGGCAAGA